AUGGAGUGGUGUGGUGUUCAAUACCUGCAGCAGAUGACGACUUUGGAGAUUCGGGUUCGUUCUACCAAGCGAGGGGAGAAAGAAGCUGGGUUCCUGGCCCAGGGAGGUGCGGCUGUCUGCUCGGGGUUGCAUCAAGGAUUCGAGAGCUUUUCCUUGGCUGCACCGGCGUUCGACCAGGGACGGCGUGGCAAGGUUCAGGUGGUAAACGAAGCUGUCGGUAUACUCGUAAAGGGUAAAGGGGGACCUGAGAUGGUUCUCGUAUAUGAAGAGGAUGGGCGUCCGGUGCGACGAAGGACGUCUGUCUCUGGAGUUGCUCCUACUUCCUCAGCUUCGUCUUCAGCUUCACAGUCAUUACCACGCAGCACCCAGCAAGCAGCAGCACCUUCUGAAGAAGACUCGAACCAGACAACCACCACAGAAGACUCUACGAUGAAGCCUCAAGCCCUCCUCUCCGCCGCGGCCUUCCUCCCGGCCUUCGUCUCGGCUGCCCCGUCAGCGGACAAGAGAGCCGCAAAGCCUCCCGCGUUCUUCCUCGCCGGUGACUCGACUACCGCGGUGCAGUCUACUGGUGGUGGCGGUUGGGGCAAUGGCUUCCUCAGCUUCCUGAAGAAGCCGGCGUUCGGCACAAACUACGGCCGCAACGGACGUACUACGGUCGACUAUGUCAGCCAGGGACACUGGGCUACCGUCAAGGACGCAGUCAAGUCCAACACGGCCAACUUUGAUGUCUAUGUGACGAUUCAGUUCGGCCACAACGAUCAAAAGCCCGAAAAGAACAUCUCCCUCGACCAGUACCAGACAAACCUCGGCAACCUCGCCAAGGAAAUCAAGGCCCUCGGCGCGACGCCCAUCCUCGUCACCCCUCUCACGCGCCGCAGCUUCAACUCGGCGGGCGUCGUGACCAACAACCUCUCCAACGAGCGCGAGCGCACCAUCGCCGCGGCGACGGAGACCAAGACUACCUACAUUGACCUCAACCUCAACAGCCGCAAGUACGUCCAGGCCAUCGGCGAGACAAAGGCCCACUCGUACAACCUCGUCGAGAGCGACAACACGCACCUCAACGCCGAGGGCAGCGUCGUGUUUGGACGGUUGGUGGCGGACCUUGUGCUGCAGAAGAACAAGGGGCUCGAGCAGUGGUUCACGCCCAACAAUACGUUGAGCGAUGAGAUUUGGAAGGCGAUUAACAGCUCCACUGUCUAA